GAAUUUUUGGUGUACAAGCUUACCAAGGAAUAUAACGAAAGUUGUAAGGGAAAACUACAGGCCACUCUAUGCUGGACGAAGAGUUUUGCUCAACCUUUAUAUGGCAUAGAUUAUAUAGAUUUGACAAACGACGGUGUUCGGGAAUUAAUUGUCGCUUCUUCAAAAGGGCUGCAUGUGUUGCAGGUUUGACUGCGUUGAUAAAAAUACAUAAAUAUUGGUCGUCCCUGACAUCUGUAAACGUAAACUGGGAGGUUAACGUCCUACGCAGCUUAUAGCAUGUAAAGUAGGGUUAGGGUCAAACGCGGAUACGGAUGGACGAACGGACGACCUAUUUUUUUCUAAAAUAUGUUUAAAUGUCUUAUCCACGUUUUACCCAAUCGGGUAAAACGCGGGUAUGGUGUGGAAUAUACUUUUCGAGUCUUUAAAAGGCAUAUCUGUGAUAUUAAAGACUUGAAAAGUAUAUUUUACACCAUAUCCGCGUUUUACAAAAAUAGAUCAUCCAUCCGUAUCAGCGUUUUACCCUAACCAUUAAAAGUGUGUAUGUUUGUGUUUGACGGACAUUGCCCGAGGACAAAUUGUUUAAAUUUUGUGAUUGAAAAUUGAAUGAGAAAUUAUCAAAAAUUUGUCUUGCUUUGCCUGGCAGAGUAAACUAGAUGCAUAAUUAGCCCAUUGUAUAAUUCGCUGCCCUCUAUUAGCAAAACUGUGAAUGCUUCCCCUCGCUUGGAAAAACAUAUUUUCACGACAAAACAUUCAGGGAAUGCAAUCACAUUCUUAAAACCGGUUUUCUACUGCAUGGGCGGAAUUUUUUCUUAUGAUUUCUCGGGUGGAACUAAUUAGAAAAGACAAAGAAAAAUUCUGCUCUGAAGUAUUUAUUUAAGGGGCCAUUCACAAAGGAUGUCCGAGCCGGGGGGGAGGAGGUUUGGAAAAUCAGGACGAACUCGGACAUAGGGGGGGGUUUUUAGCAAUCCGGAUGUCCGAAAUUUAAAAAAAUUCAAAAGCAAAUUUCUUUUUCCUCUAUUUUGAACUCUCCUUCCCAUUGUGAAAUUGGCAUUUUGAACACUUCAUAACAUUAUCUAAUUCUUUCCUUCAAUGAUGAAUUCAACAGUGGCGUCAAAUAAAAGCUUUCUGCAUGUAUAACUCUCCUUUUCUAUACAAUAAGUUCAUCCCGUUGUUGCAGUAACACAGUUGUUUCUUUUAAUUAAUAAUUCAUAUGUUUUUGUAUUCACAUUUAUAGUUAUAAAAAAGUUCUAAAAGUAAAAAAAGUUUUUUACUCUUGACAUAUACAAGGUUGCGUGAGCUUUUGCGAGGCAUGGCGGAUGUCCGGGGGGAGGGGGGUCACUAAUUCGGACAAUGCCGGACAAGGGGGGGGGGGGUCUGAAAAUCCAUCAUUUGGCCGGACAUCCUUUGUGAAUGGUCCCUUAGCUAAAUCUUGUAUUUGUUUUAACGUUUGUCGUACUUUAUACCUUUUCUAGAAAUGACAACAUAUUUAUGUCUACUUUUCAUUUCUCAACAGCACAAGUUUACCAAGAUUGUGACGCGGUUUCAGGAGGAAUUUGCUUACAUAGAAGGCGAAGAAGACGAUUCUUCUGAAAAUUAG